AUGAUGCAGAAGCGUGGGGACAACAACAUCGCCGACGCCACUCCCUUCGUGGCGAGGACGACGGCAAGUGGGGCCCAAUCUGCUGUUUCGUUGUGUACGUUACCUGGCGUUGCCGUGGGUGCCAGUAGCUCCGUUGAACACAAGAAAGAAUGCGCAAGCAGCGUUCCGAGCACCCUCGGCGCUGCAGCGUCGCCGCGUACGUCGUCAGCUGACGCAUCAGCGAUGCUGGUAACAGUGAUGGCACAGUAUGUGCAACGCCGUCUCACAGCGACUUCUGCCAUCGGCGACGCAGGUGCCGACGUGUUGCACUCGAUCAAGAAGGGCGGCGCUAGAAAAAAGCGCUCAUCCCCUUCAGCCAACGGACCGGCUUGCAGCGCGUCAUUGCAGCGAGUCGACGUCAGUGAUGGCGACGUGGACGCGGUUCACCUUGUCGCCUGCACGCAGCAGGUUGAGGCCCACCUGCUACGCUGCCUACUGCACGUCGAGCUCACCCCAGGUCGGCUGCCCAAUCAGCCUGAUAUCAUUGGCGCAGCCCUCGGUGCCCCCAGCACCACCACAGCAGCAGAAAGGAUGGGGGCGAGUCCGCAAGUGCAUAGAGCAGCGUCGCGUGUGGUAACGACGCCGAGCCAAACCGCCAGCGCGGAAGGCGAACAGUCUCCGCCGCCCCGACAUCCUUCCGCAUCGAGGGUGAGAAACAAAAACAGCUGGAGGGGGAACACUGAGGCCCGUAGUCGCAGCCAGAGGAGUUCUGUCGCCGCAGCAGCAGAGGCCUCCUCCUCCUCCCCACGUGCUCGCGCGUCCAGCGGCGGCACCAAGGCAAAGGAGCUGUAUUACACGUAUACCAAUCAGGGCAUACCCCCACCCCAACGGCGCCCGCGUGGCGGCGGCCCUGCCGCUGCCACAUCAACGCCACCAAUGCGCGUGCCAAGUCGCAGCAGUAGCAGCAGCGCAGGAGCAGACUCAGCGGAGCCGGUCGAGAGACCCCAGGCGGCGACGGAGGGGCGGCGGCGCGCAAGCCGCGAUAGCGCUGCUGCUACUGCUGCGAGAGAUACCGGGAAAGAUUCAACUGUCACAUCGCCGCCUCAAGCGGAUACUUCAGAGGACGUCCCUCCCGCGUACACUAGAGGGCGCUCCGCCUUUCCAUGCACCCGUGGCGGCGCUGUCCGUCCGCUGCACCCAACCGAGAUACGCGCUGCUCUGCGUUCGUGGCCGUCUCGCAUCGCGCAGUACGUCCUCGCGACGAGUUUCGCUGAGCAAGAACUGCGGAGCGCCGCGGCAAGCGCUGGUGGUGGGACCCACGUCGACGCGCCUGCAGCGCAUGGGGCCACUAGAAGCAAUGCACCGGCGAGCCAUGCACACGAGCAGGGUAGUGCUGCUGCCACUGCGUCCUCCCAAGUCGGUGACGGCGCCGAGGAGGACGGAGACGAGGACGAGGACGAGGACGAGGCGAGCGUCGUCAUCGACGUCCUUUUACGGCGUCUGUGCGAUAUGCUGCAACACACCCGUCUGGCUGCGGACAUCGGCGAUGCUGGUGCUGAACAGCCGCCCUCCAUAGACUUCCCGUCGUUCGCACGCUUCUAUCUCGCAGACGGCGAUGCAGGCAGCAUCGCUAGCGACAGUGAUACCGAUGAGCGCGUGCCGCGUCAGCGCUUCGGAAAGGAUGGGGACGUUCAUCUGUACCUCACGCAGCUUGCCGAAGUGCUCCUCCCCACCUUCACCCCGGGCGGCGCAAGUGCAAGUGGUUUCGCGCGACAAGGUGAGGCGCACUCGAUGGGGGGAUUCGCGUUAUCAGGGGACUUCGCCACCGACAUUGGUAUGCUCCUGAAGCACACGCCCCUCAUCACGGUACCAAGGCACCCUCCCGAGUUGCCUGCACGUACGCCGGCGCUCGGCCUUGCCGACAUCAACGCCGCAACACCUCUCUGGACAGCAAGAGGCGCUCUAUGGCGUGCACUGCGCUCUCUGCUCAACUUCUCGCCUUCGUCCUCGCAUAACCCCACGAUGUGCACGACGCCUCUCGUCGUGGGACUUGUCCGCCGCUACACCCCUGGCCGGCCCGACAGCAGCAGCGGUGGCAGUGACGGCGACGGUCUUCGUGUUCGCUUCCUUCCAGUGGCGGACCUUAUCCGUCCCGCGGGGGUCACAACGCCCGCCGCGGCUGCACCUGCGUCCGACGACGGCCUGCGCGACCGCCAAGACGCCGCGCACGACCCUCUCCGCACGCCUGUCUUCUACACCGCUGUGUUUCUCGAGGUGACCGGGGAGGACGUGCUCCACUCGACGGCGAACCACGAGGAUGCGGUGGCGCUGGAGGAAGAGUCCACUUCCAAGGUGCGGUACGAGGCCAAUGUGCCCGAAGUGUACCGUGAUCGUCAUCGCCGUCGCAUAGAGGCCCAGAAUCGCCGCGGCAUCCACUACAGCAGCGGCAUCACACACGGAGAGGCUGCGCUAGGAAGCGGUACAAGCAACUUGAACGGUGAUGCUGGUGCUUCGGCGUCGGCAACGUAUGCCCUCGAAGGCGCGACGGCUCUGUCGACUCGCGACCGCUGUCUCUCGCGUCGUCAGUGUGCGUUGUGGGAGAAGCUGCUGGCACUUGUGCACUUCGUGCACGUCUCUGGCACGCCUGCAGAGGUGGAGACGACGGCGCGGUACGUCACGCUGGUCAUUCGGCGCCGGCGCGGAGCACGCCAGCAGCCACAACCCCACCCACGGCAGGCGUCCAGUGCCAGUGCGAGUGCGGCACCAGUGUCGAUUGCCGAGAGCGCCGCCUUGCCUUCCGUGCCGGUCUUCUUCUUUACGCUGACAGAGACCUCAGCGUUGCGGUCCGCCGCCGCUACGGCCGCCAAGGCCCGUCAGAUACUCUUGUGCAACGACCAGGACGACAGUGACGACCAUGACGCAGUGCCUUUCGAUGCCGCACACGGUGCUCUCACGCAAACAGGCAGCGCUUCGUCGACUGCCGCCGCCGCUGGGCGAUCAAAUUUCUUCGGAAGCUCUAGGCUUGGACUGCGAGCCCUGCUGGGCUGGGGCAAAGGUGCUGCCACUGCUCCGCCAAAUCAGCCCGUCUCGCUAAGCUCCAGCCUGCAAGACCGCAACACUCAUAGCAGUAUCCGGGCGCGGCCACGGCGUGAGGAGGGAGGGCCUCCGCGCCGUGCACCGCCCACCGAGCCGCCUUCCCCGGCAGUGCAGGACGACUCGACGGAGGAGCUCAUCAUGGACUGGAUGCACGACGCGCUGAUCCCUCUGUUUUUCGAGACAACCGUAUCCGGCAGCGUUGCGUCUCACCAAGGCUUAGCGGCGCCCGCCAAACCGUUUGAAGGCAACGAGCGUGACGACAGCCAUGACGAUGAGUCCGCUGUCGCCGCCACGGCGGGACGUCGACGAGCGCCCUACCACUUGCGCAGUCAGCGUGUCUUGCUCGGUCGUGUGCAGGCGGUGACGCCGUCGAUGGUGUACGGAAGCUUCACGACAACCGCAAGCAGCGCCACCGUUGCGCUGGCAUGUGACAUGGAUGCCGUCAUGGAGGCCGUGGUGCAAGACAGCACCUUCGACGCUAAUCUUCUCCCCUACUUGCUACUGAACCAGCUCUUCUUUACUACCGAUGGCUCUUCGGUGGAUGCGGCGCACGACACGUUCAACUCGCCACCCCCGCGGGCUCGUUCAGCCCCGGUGCCUGAGCGGACACCCGAACACCCGCGCUCAGCAGCGGCGGGCCAGCAGCAGCCGCAACAGGCAGCUAUCCAGUCCCAUGGACUGCGCCCGAUACACUCUUUGCCGACUUCAGCGGCAGCAGCGGCGUCAGCGCACUCGCCAAAUGCGCACGCUCGCCGCGUUAGUUUUCUUGAGGAUGCCUCGAUUUCUACACCGCUGCGGCUGGAUACCAGACUCCCCGUCGCGGAGAGCGGCACUGGAUCGCCGUGGCAGCAGCAGUCACCCAACACUCCGAGCGCCACCUCGCCUGAGCGGUCCUCCUCCAUCGCCGGAUCACCACGCAGCAUCCUUAAGUCAGGGAGGCGGUACAAGCGGGAAAAACUCAUCCGCAGCAGCGCGCCCGCCGCGUCGGUCGUGCCUUUUCGAAGUCUCUUCCUGUGGCGCUUGCUGGCGGCCGAGGUGCUGGGCAGUGGCAGCCGGGCCCACGGCACUUCGAAGCAGGAGCAGCAGCAGCAGCAAGACCUUUGUAAUAUCAGCGCCGUGUCCACCACUCUGUGCACCACCUCGGCGGCCUACCUACGCUACACGCAAGCGCUGGCCGUGCGCGUCGCCUCGGACGUGGCGACAGCAGUGCUGCUUGCCGGUUUGCUGGCAGAGCAGUACGCCUGCUACCGACAGCUGCGAGGCCAUGAUGAUCAGACGUACCGAGAUGACAGCUCAGCCGUCACGGAGCGCGAUCACGGCAGCAUCCAUCGUGGUACGGCAGGCAGUGAGAAAAACCACAACUCAGGAGACGCCCCAGCGGAGGUGAACGUCGAAGCGGCGCGGUGGGGCGCACUGCGGUGCGACGACAUUCUGCCGCUGGCCAACGGCGCUGCACUGGCGUUUGCACGAGCAGCCUUUGCCCCGAUGCUGUGCUACGACGACGACGCCCCUGCUCAUCUGGCCGGCGUGAUCACAGAGGUGGAGAGUGGCGUCGACGUCAGCGACGCAUGUGACGAGGACGAGUGCAAGCGCGAGCAGCGCGACGACCCCGACAGCGGCCAGAGCAGUCCGAGUAUCACGUCCUACGUAGACGGCCACCGAGGGCAGCGCGACGUUAGCAAAGAUGGCGCGACACCUCAUCGCAGACGCGCUUCGGUGCCGUUCGUCAUCUCCCUCCUGUCCCCGAGCCUUCCCGCCGAUGUUUUGAAUCGCCUGCAGACGUUGUCCGUGGUGUGUAGGUUGCAUAUACGGCAGGAAGUGCUCGAGAGCAUCACGCGGCCGUUGGAUGUGGUGAUGCGUCGCUUGACGUGGGUGCUGGCAAGACUCCACCUGCAUGCUCUCUGCCGGCCUCUUGAUGAUUUUCUGCGUCGUGGCAGCGCCACGGCGCUCCUGCGCGACGCUGAUGGCAGUGCGCAGGGAGUGCACACAGAGCACCCUUUUUGGCACCUUGUGCGCGAGGUGCUUGACAUGUACAGGAAGUGUCUCCUGCUACCCCAUCUGCUUGCCGAUGUUGGUGCACCGCUGUUGGUAACGGUGCCAGCAGCCUCUACGGACGAUAAAGGGGUGGCGUGGGAAGCAGCAGUGAACAGACACGAAGGCGGUAACAAGGCAGACGCGCGCACGCACGAGGAGGAGCCGUCUGGUGUGUCGUCAGAAGAAAGGGAUGUCAUCACACCGCUCACGACAUACCAAGCGAGCGUGACACCUCUGACCUUGACUUCAGCUGUGCCUCUUACGACGAGAAUCGGUACGGCGAUUCCGAAGCUCCGGGUGUCACGAGAGCAGCAAGACCAGCAGCAGCAGCCUGUCGUCCGCAGCGCGCGGCGAGGCGGGGUGGGCUUUGUGCCGUUGUCCUUCGUUAACGCGAGCUUCGAUCCGGCUCACUCAUAUUCCCUCUUGCCCGCUCAGCGCUCCGUCCUCCAGCCCACACCCUCGCGGUGGUCUGUGACACCCGCUCUCGGCGGCUGGAAUCCGCACUCGGUCGACCCAGACGACCCGUACGAUUUGCAAAGCUUUGCCGUCGACGGGCGAGCAAUGCGUCUGACAGGUGAUGCCGCCCAAGCCGCCGGCUGUCGCAGCAGCAGCGCGUUGAACGGUGCCACAAGUGACUUCGCAAAGGCAGCCACAUCAUCCUUGGGACUACAACGGUCGCCACCAUUCGCGAGCCUGUGCGCCCACGGCACCAUGUUCGGUUCACAGGUGCGUGUGCCGCUCGAAGCAGGCACAGGAACCGACAUGGCCACGGCCGUGCCAGUGCUGGGCAACUGCUUCAGUGGACGCAGAACCAGCGACAACGCCACCAGCAUGGUUGCAUCCAGCAGUCGCGUCGUCCAGCUGGCCUCCAAGCACGGCUUUGAAGCCGCGCUGGAGCUUCUUCACGGCUGUGCCGGCGACGCGUCAUGUGACGUCGACGCAGCAUUACCAGGGAGCCUGCUCCACUCGCCACCAAGGACGGUGGAUGUCCCUGUGUUUGCCGCCCCGGACACAGCGGAGAGUAGACACCUGGGGCAGUCGCCGUCAGGAAUCUUCGACUUCAUCGCUGUGGCAACUCCGCAUCGUGUCGCCACCGCGGCUGGAAGCGCCGCCAGUGGCUACGAAGAGUCUCCACGGUGCGCCACCUCGUCUGGGAGCGACGCGUCUCAGCGGCAAGUGCAGCAAGCGCAGAUUGCAUCGCACGGAUCGAGCUUUCCCACACCCGCCUUCGCCGCCCCCCUCCUGUGCCGUCUGCAAGCGGCGGUGUCGACUAAGCGUGCAAGGGAUAGGGAGGACACUGAGGGGGGUGAGGGGCAGCCGCGAAAGUCUCCACGACCGACGCAGCAGCAGCAGCAGCCUCAGCGGAUGGCCCAUCAAGGGCACACUCCGCUGGUGGGCGCCAGCGAAAGCGCGGAUGCGGUGACGGGAUCGACCGCACGGGCAGUCGGAGAGUCACCGCUUUCACCUGAGGAGAACGCCGAAGUUGCCACGAUGGCGUCAGAGACGUCGGUGGAGGGUCUUGUGCUGCAUGUGGGCAGCGGCGUUGCCGUUGAGAGUCCACUGCUGAGCCCUUUUGUCACUGAGGCGAAGCACAUGAUGGUGGAGGCACUGCUGCUGCGUCGCGUGCUGCCGUGGUGGACUCAGCGCACACUCGACAUGGAGCAGGAUGUGGCGAAGAGAGGGAAAGGAAGUGAUGACGCAUACGCAGGCGACACAACCGCCCCAGACAGUGAAGCUGCGCCGAACUGCCCCGCCCAGCCUCUCUGGAUGAGAGGCUGCAGUGUCAGUCCACCCACAACCAGAUCAACCGUCUCCACAGCUCCCGCUGCCAGCCGCGAGCGCAGAGACGGGCCAGCCAGGGUGGCGCCAUCGACGGCGGCGUCUCCGUUGACGGAGCAGAUGGCACAACUGCAGCGCGAAAACGCAGAGCUGCACGGCCGCCUUCGCAGCACCCAGCUCCUGCUCGCAGACAUACAUCAAACAUGCAGUGGAAUGCGCAUGGCUGCUCGACAAUAUGAGCAGGCCGUGGCACCUGAGGAGGAGGAGCGAGCAGCGGCGGCGGCGCCCACGACAGCUGUAACGGAUAGUAACUUGUCCCUUGCGGAUGGUGCUGGCACUUUAGCCCCACUGCAGCAGCUGGACUUGAUCUCCCCGCCGUCGCUUUCCUCGACGCCGCAGGUGGUGCCUGGAAAAGGUGACGUGGCCGUGGGGAGCCCACACGACGGCGCAACACCGGAGAAGGUGAUGACGCCAGACUCUGCGGCCUCCCCGCUCGAGGGCUUCUCGGUCACCAUACCACUCGCAGAUGGUGUGCCGCCGGAGCUCCUGUAUUUUGCACGGACCGAGGAGGGCCGUGAGCGAGUGGUGGAGCUGUGUCAGCGCAUCAUGGUGCUGCUCAGCGGCGCCGCUACUGUAGAAGACAGCAAAGACAAGGCAAAGAGUCUGCCCCCCUCGGCAGUCGCGUGCGGCAGCGACCUGCCCUCCCGACUCCCGUCGUCCACGUCGCACUCGUUUCUGUUGCACUCUCUCAGCCAAGGCAUGCAGGGCUCACAAUGCCUGUCGCCACCGGAGACAACGUCGGUGGAGCUGGCUGCCACUGCCGUGUUGUGCGGUGGCUACGGCGUACGGCGCCGGCACUCCGCCGUCAGCCGCGGGCCGUCACAGCUGUUCUCGCCGUUGGAGCCGCAGUCCUUCCGCCGCACCAGCACCGCCUUCACCCUCAUGUCCCUUGCGCCUGCUGGGGCACUGGCCAUGAGCAACACGAUCACUGCUGAGACACCUUGCUCAACGCCGACGCCGAUUGCCGUGCUUCUUCUUGGGGCCUCGAGUGACCACAGCAGUGAAGACUCUCCGGCGCCGCUCUCGCGAGAAAGUUCCUUGCACCAGCAGCAGCAGCAGCACAUGCCGCCGCUUCCGCCGUGGUCCUCCUCUGCGCAAUCAUCACCGCCGUCGGUAGCGUCGCAGCAUGUCGCUCAUCCGGUCUUCAGCAGCGCGGAUGUGGAUGUGCAGAAGGUUGUACUGUCAGCCCAUCCAGCAGCGGCGCUGUCGCCUGUUUCCUCCGUGCUGCUCACCCCAAACGGCACAUCACCGCUCCUUCGGCGAGCUCCUCUCUGGAAUCAGGCGACGCAAGUGACACCACCCGUUCCAUCGCCAUGGGAACUGGCAGCGGCAGUGACGUCAUCUCCAUCCUCUACCACGUCCAUGGUGUGGUCGACACAGGUGCGGCAUGCACCACCGCAGCGGCACAGUAGUUCACCUGAUGACGUGGAGACAGACGCACACACGUCUGAUGAACAGCAGCACAGCAGGGUGAGCGGGUCGGCGGCGCUCAACGCGGACUCGGUGGACUCGCAUGGCACGCAAGUGGUGACGCCCUACCACGAUCGUCGCCAUCACCACGGCGAAAACGGUGACGGCAACUGCGACGACCGCCAAGCGCCGCCUUCGACGCUUUCCUCACCGUCAGUGCACUCGUCACCCUUGGCACGGCAGACGUCCUCCGUUGUGGAGUCACAAGGAUCCACAGCUUUGUCCUCCUCGAUGCCGCCACCGCUGUCGUCGCCAUCGUCAUCAUCGUCGACGAUGUUCUCCGAGGCGUCCUCCGACCCACCCUUCGCGGCGCGCACUCGGCCCUACAAGAAUGGCUUAGCAGUCACGACGACUCCCGCGCACACCGACACACCACACGCUGUUCUCAUCCGUGAAGACGACUCUGACGUGCAAGACAGUGCCAUCGCUGACACGGAGGCGGCGGCAGAUGCGGCGGCAGAGGUAGCGGAGAGCAAUGGCGGCGUCGAAGCAGCCGAAGAUGACGUGGUCGAGACCGCUGCUAUGGCGGUGGGUGGUGCGAAACUAACCGGGAAGCGCGUUGAAGUCGCAGCGAACGCGUCGCGUGCAGAUCAUGAAGACGGCCUGUCGGAGCAGCCGGCCGUGCUGCAGCAGACGGAUGAGGCGCCGGACUUGCAGGCAUCCCUUUCUGGCACCGCCUUGCCACUCCCUCGAGUGCUGCUGGCCGCCUCACUCCCACAGCCGUCGUACCAGCGGACGCCGGCUUCGCUAGCAUUUCACCAAUCUCCCGAUGGAACCCUGUCCACAAGCUCUGUCACUCGUCGCGUGUCUGUCGGGACGCUGUCGUCGUCCCUCUCUUCCUCUCCCUCUCCGCCCACGGUGCAGCGCACCAAUUCUGACUUGACUACGUGCGGUGAGCGGCACGUCACCGCCAGCGAUGACGAAACAGAGGACGCGAGCCACAAGAGUGACAGUGCAAGCUGUUGCGACAGCGUCUUGCCUGUCCAGCGUGCCAUUGCCAACGAUGCUGACGAAGCGGAUGACGCGGUAGGGCAGAAGCCAAACUCGACCAAGGCGACGGUACAGCAAACUCGUCGGCCUUCCUUGCCUACGCGAAAGGGCACCAACGGUAGCAGCCCUGCGUCGCCGUCAUCGAUUGGGAGGAAGCAAGCAGCCCGGCAUGUACGGAUCGCGACCACGGUGUCGUCAUCGCCGUGGCGGGAGCGAACACCGGUGCGGAACAGCGAGGCCGCCGUAACAGCACUGGCUGAUUUACAGCAACGCCUCUCCGGCUCGAGCAGCGCCGUGGUCGAGCUGCGUCAGCAGCUGCAGCAAGUGGAGCAGGAGCUGCGCGAGAAGGCAAAAGCCAUGGCAUGUCUCACGGAGCAGCUCGCAGCUACCGAGGCGGCGCUAGGUGCCGCACGGCAUGCAGCGACUGUGGCGGAGAAGGCGCGACCGCAAGAGAGACCUUCCACGCCGUCGCCACCGCCGCCGCCCCCGCGUGCGUCUGUAGCCACCAGCACCGAGGCGCUGCUGCUCUCGCCCUCAGCGGAUUCAUCGCCGUCGUCGCUGCGUGCGCAGCCUCUGCGCCGCGUUCACGAGCUCGAGGAUGAGCUGCGCAACGCCAAUUUCCGCAUGGAUCAGUGGCGUGCCCUGCUCGACGCCGAACGGCACGCCCACGUGGUGCAGAUGGACCAGCUCACGCAGCGGCUAGAGAGCGAGCAGCGGCGAAGCGCACGUGCGAGUCGCAGUCGAAGCCGCAGCCUCUCGCCCCUUGGCAGCGGCGCUGGGUCCUUGCCGUGCGUGGAGUCCUCUGUGCGGGAUGAAGCCAGAGCAGCGCAACCGCCAGCGCCGCCGCCGUCACUAGCGUCCUUUCCACCUCCAGCGGCGGAGGUGCGCCGGCUCAGCUUGACAACCGGCGACGUUGAACGACCACCUGUCUCACUGACAGAGCAACAACGCAUCAACACUCUCAUGGAGCAGCUGCAGGUUGUCGAAGCGCACGCAGCAGAGGAGCACACCCAGCGCGUCGCAGCCGAGGAUGGUAUCAGAGCCCUUGAGCGGGAGCGGCGUCUGCUUCGGGAGCAGCUGGAGGCGCUAGAGAACGAACGGGCUAUAGCGCAAGUGCAACAACGGCAGAAAGAGCACGACUCGGAUCAGCGUGAAGAGGCCCUCCGUCGAGAGUUAGAGUCGCACAUGCAGACACUCACCGCCAUGCAAGCGGCACAGGCAGCCAGCGAAGAGUUGCAGAGGCACUUGAAAGGGGAGCUCGAUGCCGAGCGCCGCGCUCGAGCAGCAGCAGCAGCAGCCGACACAGCAGCCGCACAUAUGGCUACACAGGAUCACCUUAUGCGCGACAGUGAAGCGGCUCAGCAGCAGCUGCGUUGUGAGCGCGACAGGGCCCUUCAGCGAGAGAAGGAGGCUUUGGCACACGCCGCAGCUGAAGCGCAGGCCGCGCAGUUGCAAAUCGCCGCCCUGCGACAGCGCAUCGAGUCCACGACGGACCAGCUACGCACUGCGGAAGCAGACAGCAGGGAACACCUGCACCGCUGCAUCACCGCCGAGACGCAAGCGGCAGCGCUGGAGUCGGCUCAAAAAGCGCUAACGGAUCGAGUGAUGGUGCUGGAGGAAGAGCUAUCCGGCGCCCGCGCUGCCCACAAACAGUGGCAACAGGACACCGAUGAGCGCGAACGCGCCUUGCGCCGCGAGUAUGAGGAGGCCACCGCGAGCGCCGACGCUGCCAUGGAGGCACAACGCCGGGCAAACAGCGAGCUGCAGCAACGCUUCGAGGACGAGCUACGCGCCAUGCAACGUGCGCAAGCAGUCAGGGACGAAGGUCAUAGGACCGCUUUCGGAGAGGUCACUCGCAAGCUUGCGGACGCUGAGCAGGCCGCCCAUCUUGCCCUGGAUGAUCUGCGCCAUGAGCGAGAGACUCACGAGCGCACGACCGCCGCUCUGCAGGAGGCUCAGUCGGAGAAGGAGGAGCUGCACCGGCGUUUCGAGGCUGUACUGGAAAAGCUACAUCUCGCGGAGCUCGACGCUGAUGAGCACUGCCGACAACGGGACCGCAUAGAAACGUUGAAAGUCGAGCUGGAGGCAGCGCGUGCACAAGAGCAAGAAGCCGCAAAGAAGGCUGAGGAUGCUCUCCGCCGCGAGGCGGAGACACACAUGCGCACCAUAGCCACGUUACAGGAGGACAAAUCUGCCCAUGAAGAGCUUCGGCGGCGCUUAGAGGACGAGUUGCAGUCCGAGAAGUUGGCACGAGCUGCCGACACCGCAGCACACACGGCGGCGCUUACCAGUGCUCAAGGUCAAGUAAGCCGAGUCGAGCAACGAGCUCAAGAUAUGGCCGACGCCCUUCGACGUGAGGAGCAGGCACAUGCACGCACGCUUGUCGCGAUGCAGGCCGCGGAGGAGGCCAACAGGCAGCUCCUGCGCGCGCGGGCAGCCCAGGAGGCGCACGCACAGCAACGCACACGAAGCUGGCUGUCAGCGCGCGAGGCGUGCUUGUUGGCGUGGAUGGAAGCAAAGACACUGCUGAUGGUGGACGCGUGGAGCAUCAAUUGUGCGGAGCGGCAGCUGCAACUGCAUGAGCAGCGGCCUCGGCGACGUGAAGCGCAGCGGCAGCAGACACCCUCGCUCGUGUCCCCAUCGCCAACUGCUGCCGGCACCCCUCCGGUGGGGUCCGCACGAAGAUGCGAGAGACAAAGCCGAGGCCGGGAAAAGCGUCACGGUCAACCCCCUGCGCCAGACGCCGUCGCCCCCGUGCAGGCCGCGAGUGUUCUGCCGAGAGCAGAACCGGAGAUGGUGGUCCUCUCUGUCGACGACCCGCUAGGGCUGCGCUAUGAGCUGCAGCGCAAGGCAAGCCACAUCGCCACCCUUGAGGAACGCGUUCACCAGCUUGAAGAGGCCCGCGCAGUGGAUCAGCAGGUAGUGUCGACCCUGCAGAAGCUUCUGGCGCAAGACGAAAUGCGCAACGGGAACGGGAUUGCAGUCGCCGCACGUCUGCCCCCACCUCCGCCUCCACUGCCCAUGGCCGGGGCGUCGUGGUCAUCCCGGUCACCAUUGCGAACGCCAUCCCAGGCGUGGCCGGCACGCGACCACCCGACGCUGGUGGACGGCCACAGAAGCCCCACUGCCCUCCUGUGGGACCCCCACCCCGGCAACCACGGCAGCGCGGCGAGUCCGCCAGGCACGACGGAGCGAAGGCGGCUGACACCCAACGAGUACCGGCGGCGCUACACCUCGCUUUGA